CCGGCAGCCAGAGCGCAGAGCACGCGCCAGCGGCUGCUGAAGAUGCUAAGUUUCUCCUGGGUGCUUCUCCCGCUGGUUGCUUCUAUCCACCCGGAAUGCAAGAUAUUCCAACAGGUGGUGAAAGACCAGGCUCUAUGUUUAGAAAAAAAUGAAGCUACUUUACCCAACUUAAAAGGAUGCCCAGGGGAUUGGGAUGGACUGAGUUGCUGGCCCAAAGCCACUUUUGGAGAAGUGGUAAAAGUUGCAUGCCCGGGUUUCUUUGAAGAAAUCACCAACAUACAGGGCUUUCUGCAAAGAAACUGUACACAAGAGGCAUAUUGGUCAGAACCGUACCCACCGUACUCUAUUGCCUGCGGAUUUGAUGAAGGUUCCAGUAAAGGCCCUGAAGAUCAGAAAUCAUAUUAUUCUGCAUUUUGGCAUGUCUACACUGCUGGCUAUGCGACAUCUCUGACUUCACUCAUUACAGCUCUCGUUAUCUUUGCCAUCUUCAGAAAAUUCCACUGUACGCGGAAUUACAUCCACAUGCAUCUGUUUGUCUCUUUCAUCCUUCGAGCCACUGCUGUUUUCAUUAAAGAUGCUGUUUUGUUUGCUGAUGAAAAUAUGGACCACUGCUUAAUGUCAACGGUUGCAUGUAAGGUUGCAGUGGCAUUCUUUCAGUUCAGCAUUUUAGCCAACUUCUUCUGGCUCCUGGUAGAAGGGAUGUACUUGCAAACACUGCUGCUGUUGACAUUUGUUUCUGAUAAACAGUACGUGUGGUGGUUCAUUUUGAUUGGCUGGGGAACUCCCAGUGCGGUGAUGUGUGCUUGGAUCCUAACCCGAAUCUACAGACAGAAUACAGGAUGCUGGGAUGAUGAUGAUGAGAAUACAGCAGUGUUAUGGAUCAUCAGGGGACCCAUACUGCUAUCUGUAUUAAUUAACUUUAUUAUAUUUGUCAAUGUGAUCAGAAUUCUGGUGCAGAAAUUACAAUCUCCGGAAGUCAGCGGCAGCCAGUCUAGUCAUUUUGUGAGACUAGCUAAAUCCACCCUGCUCCUGAUCCCACUCUUUGGAGUGCACUAUAUCGUGUUUGCGUUUUGCCCAGAAAGCACUGGAUUGGAAGCUAGACUUUAUAUUGAGCUGGGCUUGGGCUCCUUUCAGGGCUUUGUUGUCGCCCUUCUAUAUUGCUUCUUAAAUGGAGAGGUUCAGGUCGAAUUAAAGAAACGACUGCGCAAGUGGCAGUACCAAGAGUACCUGAACUUCACCCGCAAACCUCGGCGCAUGUCUAGAGAAAACAGCCCUGUUAACUAUGUCACUCAGUUAUCACUGCUUGAAAAAAUCAGCCCGAAGAGGAAAACCUCCCUCUUCCGGAAUGGCACGUCCUCCGUGUGAGCCUCCCAGAGCAAGCUCGGCGGUUACAGUAUUGUCUCCUGAAAAAUGAACGGAGGGAUGGCCAAUAUGGAGUCUCUUGACCGGGUCAAGCGAGGUCAAUGGCAAUCAAUCAGAACUAUGCAGUACGAAUCUUCAAAUGAACAUCAAGUUGACUGAGUCCCCGUUAAAAAGAAAUACGGCGGAGUUGGAUUCUUUUUAUUUACCUUCUUAUUUUUAAAGUUCUAGGGGUCACACAGGGAGGGGGGGACUCACACACUCCUAUGCCCCCACACACAAGGAGAGGUGACACCCAUACACCUCUCUCACACAGGGUGGGUGACUGACUGACCUGACCCUCCCUGCCUGACGCGCUUUGCCUGCCAUGCCUGGCUGGGCCCCUGGGACGGACCCGCCUCUUCUGGUACCUGGCGCCACAUCUUCCCAAGGCAAAACGUGGGGGGACACAUGGGGUCAUAUCCCCCCCCCCUCAGAUUUCUCCCAGGGUUCACACCAGAAUGUGGCCAGCAGCAGCGUUUCGGCACCGUGUGGGAGGAAAGGGACGGGAGCUGCUUCCAGCCACAGGUCAGGAGGAUUGGGGGAAGGGAUGACCUGGCCCGUGUCUUUGCAGAGCUCAUCUCUCCUCCCCACCUCCUUUGCUAGAAGCAGCUUGUCCCUUCCUGCCCACACAGUGUCGAAAGGCAGCUAACAGCUCCAGGCUGCCGCUGGCCAUCGACAUAACCCAGCCGCCUCCUGUCCUCCCGCCUUAGGGCUGGAAAGGGUUAAGCCCUAAGGAUGCAUUGUGCACCAGGGCCCAGGGAACGUCACUGCAGGGCCUUCAGCAAACCCGGCCAGAGAUGUGGCUCAGCAGGGGUGGGGGCCUAGGAGCACCCUAGGGGAUGGAGCAGCCUUGUGUGCCCUGGGGGCAGGACCUGGUGUGUGGCGGGGUAGGGGAUGAAGAUAGUGAUAAGCCCCUGCCUGGGGAGGUGCAGUGGAGCCUACAGGUUCAGGGCAGUAACAGGCUGGAAAUCACUUCCUCCCAACUCCAGAGCUUAGCCGAGGGGCGGAGAGGCUUCCCCGUGCCAGCGCUGUGCGGGGCUUUGGCACGUGCAGGGCUCGGCUCCUCCUGGCCAGCGCCCUGGGCCAGAGGGUCUUGGGCUUUCCCGGGGUGCCAGCCCAGCCAGAGGCAGUGGGGGAAGGAGCAUUGGUGUUGGUAUGCUGAGCGUUCCCACCAGAGGCUGGUUCUCCGCACAGCGCUGGGAGCAGGACGCGCCCGGCUGGUAGGGAUAUGGAGGAGCAGCGGGGUUUUGGUGGGUGAAGGGGAAAGCAGGGAGAGGACAGCGAAAGGGGGAGCACGUAAAGGGCUGAGGGGUGGGCAGCAGAGGUGACACGUAACUGGCCACUGCCUGGCACCUGCCCGCACUCACCAACCGUCACAGCGCGCAGCCAGUGCCAGCCAGAAAUAGGAUAGGGAGCUGGGCCUUGCUGACCGCGAGCUAGCAUGCAGCAGGGGCUGUGCUGAUGGAUCAGCAGGGGGAGCGGCCAGACCCACAUGCUGCAUCUUCGCCCCGCCACCAACCUUGAAGACCCACCCCCAUCAUUGGCCACGGGACCCUCCCCACUCACCACUGGUGGGAGGGCAAAUGGUGAGCAGGGAUCCGGCCAACAGCAGGACCCACCAGCACUAAUGGGGUGAGACAGAAAAUAUGGAACAAUUUGCCCGUUUUUAAGAAAAAGUCAGGACACUUGCAGGAGGGCUUAAAUACGGGACUGUCCCUUUAAAAACGGGACGUCUGGUCACCCUAAUUCUCGGUGGAUCCGCAUGGUGGAACUUCUUGUCCCAAACAUCUCCCACUCCUCACUUCUGGUGCAGAGAAAUUAGGGACCCGAUCUUUCAUUCCUUGAGAAUUCACUCCCUUAGGUACACUGACCCCAAUCCUAAACUACUGUAACUCAACACAGUGCCAUUGAGAUCAAUGAAACUGCACCAAAUUACACCAGAAGGGGAGCUGGCCCCACCUAGCUACAUGAUUUUGGUUGCUCAGCUUGAGAUAACUUAAAAGAUGACUGCAUUUCAGAAAGUACAGAGCAUCCAUCUUCUGAAUACUAGUCCCCUUUUACAUGUCUCAUGAUUUUGAGUAACAUUUACAAAUCUUGGCCCUAGACUGUUCAGGUUCAUCUGUUGGGGAGAUUCUGCAUUAGAUCGAUCAUUAGUUCGUCUAUCAUGGCAAUUUCUAUAUUCCCGGUUUUGUUGUGGUUGGCAUUCUCUCAGUUUGCUAGGUUUCAGCUGAAGAUUGCUCCCUGUUUCACUGUCCCCAGCAGCCCACAGUAUCUGUGUUCGUGGUAUGAUCUAGCGGGUAGGACAGGGAAUUGGGAGCCAACACAUCCUAGUUUAGCGAUGGCUUCACAGGGUAACAUUGGUCAAUCACAACCUCUUUGCUUUAAUAGUCCUCUCUGUAAACAGGAGGAUGGUGCUUUGGCCAAAAUGUGAAGCCCUUAUUCAAGGGCUGGGUUGUCCCCUUCCAUGGUGAAACUCCCAGGAUUAAGCUAAGGGGAAGGAAAUCUAUAUGAGGGUAUCCCUUGGAGGGUUCCUCUCCCAUGGUUCAGUUGAGGGUAGAGUUUUAUUUUCAGGACCAAUAUGCUGCAAGGCCUGCCCCCAAACCUGGCUGCAGGAACCCAUGACCACUUGGGCAGAUGCCCGAAGCAUCUAUGGAGUGAAGAGUGGUGCAGUGUUUAGGGUUCUAGAUGUAGGAAGCCUGGGUUCAAGGCCUUACUCCACCACAGCCUUGUUGGGUGAGUGGGCCUCAAGUAACUUGUCUGAGAUUUUAAAAGGGGUUUAGGUGCCUAAUAGGGACUUCAAAAGCACCUAAGAGGCACUUAACCCUGACUGAAACUGACGGGAGUCAGGCACCCCGGCGUUCUCGGAAAUCCCACUCUAUUUACAUCUUUAUGGACCUCAAUGCCUCAGUUCCCCACCUGUAACGUGGAGCCAAUAGCACUGCCCUGCCAUAUAGGGUGGUGGUGAGGAUCAAUGCAUUAAAGGGUGUGAGGCUCUCAGAUACCAGGAUAAUGGGGGGGGGGGGCUAGACAUUCCUCAGAUGUGGUAUUGUUCCCCCAGCAUCCCUCCCCUCCAUUUCCUGGUAGUGCAGUUCCACUUUGGCCCCCUCUGGGAGGAUCGCACCAUGGUGUUGGCUCUGUGGGUAAUGUCAUACAGGCCCAAGUAAGCUCCCCAGACUGAAUGACUAUGAGCAACCCCUCCCCACCCAAAGCAGGGCCUCCCAUUCCCUAACCCCAGCCAGCCCUGUCCCCAUCUCCUUCUCACUCCCAUACAGAGCCUGACCUCCCAGAGCGUCCUCUUCCAGAGCCCAGGGAGGUGAUGGUGGGGAAGGUGCUGUCUCCUAUUUCCAUGUAGACGGGGACUCCUUGGCUGUAGGUUCCCCUCUAAGCUUGGAUCUUGUUGGCACAAGUCAACACUCAGAUUUUAUUCAAUUAGCUUCUCAUUUCAAUGAGUAGGAGUUUGCCAGAGCAAAGUCCAUGUCUCAGGAUUUGGGCCUUUGCAUUUAUUCCAGUGAUCUAGAACUGCAAAGCAUGUAUUAACUCUUGUUGGAAGGCAUCAUCACAAUACGGCCCUGCCCCACGGCCCAGUCAGAUCAAAGGGAGCAGUUCCAAAGGCUUCAAGCCCUACAUCUCUAGUUCCCUCACUAAAACUAGACUGUACCUAGCUAGACUCCCAACCAAGUAAUUCAGAUCAUCCUUUUGUUAAUUACAAUCUUAUCUUUCAGUUCCAGCAACCCUAAUGUUCUCUGUAAGGGGCCAUCCCCUUAUGCUAUGUCUACCCUGGGCACCGCAUCAGCUCUUCUUGUAAAAGAGCAUCAUUUUGAUCCUUUGUUUAAAAUUCUCAUUGCUUAACGUGAGCAACUGGACACAGAUUUGUGGUUUCUUUAUACUGCAGAUGUAGACACAUAAAAUAAAAAUAAUAAUGGCUGGUGUGGCCUAGUAAUAUUUAGAUCUUCAUGUUCAGAUGGAAAAUUAAAUGAAUAGACAUAUA